UGACCAAAAUCUGUGUUUUGAGAAGAGGUUGCAACACUUAUCACUAAUAACUUUAGAAACAGAGAAUUCCAGGAAUCCCAGAGGAUAAAACCCAAAGUGUCUCUGAGAUAGAAACAUCGUUUGUGGUCUCAAUGGUACUUUCCCAAUCUAAUUGGAAACGAAGUUGAAUUUCAAAAAAAAUCCCAGUGGAGAUCCCCAUUGAGCUAUGCAACCCCAGGUCUUCCUCAUCUCCUUGGAGGUAAAGUCAUGCUGAACUCCAACAUGGAGCAAUUCCUUUUACCCAGCUCAGGAGCAGCUUUGGGAAAGGUAGGAUGCUUCCUCUUCCUCUCUCUCCUCUUUCAUCAUCCCUAUCACUACCACUCUCCUCCUCCUCUUCCUCUCCUUCAUCAUCAUCACCACUACCACCUUCCUUAUCCUUCAUAUUCAUCAUCUUCAUCAUCACCAUCUUUGUCCUCCUUUUCUUCCUUAUUGUCUUCAUCAUUACUAUCACCCCCUUCUUCUCUUCCUCUUCAUCAUCAUCACCACCUUUCUCCUCCUUUUCUUCUUCCUUUUUCUUCAUCAUCAUCAUCACCACCACCAUCAUUACCACCACCCCCUUCCCCUCGUCAUAGUCAACAGUACAGUCUUCCUCCAUCCAAGGAGAGACAAAUAAACAUCAGCUGCAAAGUACAGUAGAGUCAUUGGACGAGGCAAAAUCUCAUCAGCUAUUUAUCUCCAACCUUCCCCAAUGGUGAGAAAGCUUGAAAAUUGCUUAUCAUAUGCUACAAAAGACAGCCCUUAUGUUUUUAUGGGUGGUGAAGCCCUUUGAAAAUACAAAAUUCAAGCUCGGGCCCAGGUUAUCUCCACAUCCCAGGGUAAGGGAUGCUCUAAGGUCACGUUAUUGUCUUGGUGGGUAGGGCAAAAUGAGACGGAUCCUUUGAUGCUACACAUUGAGUUCAGUACACAAAGAGCUCCCUUAUGGUAGUUUUUUAGGUUUAAUAGGUUGAUGGGAGAACUAAGGCCUCCGAUAGCUCUGAUUUUUGUAGAAAAACACUCAACCAAUUCUCAAGGUUUCCAGUCUUGUAUUUUGCUCUUUGUGAAAUAUAUUUGGAAGGGUUUAAUGAUCAACCAACUGGCUGGCAACACAAUACUAUUCUACCGUAGAGGUUGAAAAAAAUGUCAAUGAUUGAGCUGCUUCCCAUGAAGGAUUUCUGGUUGGAUAUGAAAAGUUAUCCUUCAAAUAGCCUUCCCCUUUGGUUGUAGUAAAGGUAUUCACAAUGUCCAUCCAUCAAGACAGAAUGAGUUGCAGUCAGUGGAAAAGGACUUGAAGGCACACAAAGCAUGGAGCCAUGAGGUUGUCUGGGGAGGAUUUAUUGUAUGGACAUCUUCCAUGGUCUUGGAUCGUGCCUUCAUUUCCAGUUUGGCACCUUCAAACUCCAGCUCUGGCACUGAAGGGCCCUGACAUUGGCAUCCAUGAGGCCUUCCAUCCAACCCAACCCCAACACAAUCCAGCCCAGCCCAACAUGAAACUCUUUCCUCUUCCCAGCGACAUUCUUGAUGACACUGAUUUAUAAUGGAUUUCCCCUUGGAAUAACAUCCCUUCUCUCACUUUUUCUAUUGUAUCCCCACUUAGGGUAUCACACCCUCCUCACAUAACACCCUAUUGCACCCUCUGGGAGUAAUGCAUCUCCCUCCAGUAUUUCAUCUUCCUUUUGGGUACCGUAUCUUUCACCACUUUGGGUACCGCAUCCCCCCUUGAAUAGUGCAUCCCCCUUGAAUACUGCACCCCCCGUUUUGGGUACCGCAUCCCCUCAUUGGGUAUCACAUCCUCCCUUUGGAUACUGCAUCCCUCGAGUUUGGCAUCCUCCCCACUUUGGAUACAGCAUCUCCACUUCGGGUGUUGUAUUCCCCCUUUGGGAUCACUCGAGUUUUACAUCCCCUUUAGGACCCUCUUUAUGUCCUUCUUUGGGUCCUUUAUCUCCUUUCGGUUACCGCCCCUCUUUCGGGUCCCGCAUCCCCCCCUUCGCAUCCCCUCACACCUCCACCGUCCUCCUCCUCCUCUCCCUCCUCCCCCAACCCCAUCCCUCCCCAUUCCCCAUUGGACGAAGUGUCCCCACCGAUCACCCCGCUCUGAAACCGAAAGCGAAAGAGGGAAGAAGGAGCGAGGCCAUGGCCGGCGGCGGCGGCGGAUCGCGGAGGGGCGGCAGUGCGGAACCCCUCGGGGAGAGCUGAGUCCCCCCAUCCGGCUCGGGACCACCGCCCAUGGAUCGGCUGCUGCUGCUCUGCGCUGCUCUUGCCCUAUAUCUGCCCUCUAGCGCCUCCGAUAGAGCGGUGCGAUGCGGCCGCCCCAAGGAUGUGGCCAACGCAAUCAUCAACGCGGAUGACACGUCGUUGCUUCACACCAGCCUACGCUACACCUGCAAGAUGGGCUACAAACGCAAAGCUGGCACCUCCACCCUCAUCCAAUGCAUCCUUGACCAAGGCAAACCUGUCUGGACAUCCACUGAGCUGCAGUGCAUCCGGGACCCAGCUCUACCUCUGCAAACACCAAGUCCUGAGCUCCCGACUGUGAGGACAAGCCAAAGAGGAACCAACACCACUGUGCCACCAUUAAUGCCCAAACCACCAGAGAUGCCUACACCAGGAGAGGGGACAGCCCUGGGGACAACCCCACUGCCAACCAUCCCCAUAGACCACGCUGCAGUUUCCACCCAGACCUUGGCCUCUUCCAUCGGGCUCUCAAUUCUGCUUGUCUUCGGUAUUGCGGGAUUCUGCUACUGGAGGAUGAAGAUGCACACGCAGAACUACGCGGUGGUGGUGACGGCCAUCCCCAUGGUGGCUCCCACCACCGCAACAGACAACGAUGAGAUGUUGCCACCUGGUGACAUCCCCACAGGCUGAGCACUCAGCACAGAGCACAUUGGUGUACCUGCCAGCCCGGCCAGCCAGGAGGAUGCUUGAAGUUCCAUGCUUCGCCAAAUGGCGGUGGUAUGGGGCAUGUCCCCACGUCCCCAGAUGCCCUUUGCAUGGAGCAUCUUCACUCCAGGGACAUGUAGCUGCUCUUCUCAGCCUGAAUAAGUGGAUGAGAUUACUCUGGUGCCAAGAGGUGAGUGGUUAUCCUAUUGUGUGGUUCAACGAGCAACUCAAUUUGGCGCGAACUCAAUGGAAAUUCUAAAUUGGAGCCAAAAUUAGGGAUAAAUACCCAAGCAUAACGUAGGGCUGGAAAAGUUACCAGUAUGGGAUGCAAGGGACAGAGCAAGGCCAUUAGUAAAGCACCCACGGGUGGCCUGAACUCAUAGAUAGCCCAUCCUCAUGCAGACUGGGUGGCCAUGGUCAACGUGGUUCAGUUAAGGACAUUUGUGGGACAUAGAAUGGAGUUUGGGUGCAGGGGUUUAAGUCAGGCUGCUCAAGCAAAACCAUUCCCUGGCUAGGAGCAAGGCCUGCUGGACACUAAUCCCAUCCUUGGAGAUGCUUUAACCCCAAACUGCCCCCCAAAGACAGAAUGCAGCACUGCUUAGGGUCAGCAGAGACCCAAAUAUCCCUCCACUGUACCUUGACUCCCUCCUUGCUCUCUUCCAGUCAUUCCCUCAUGAACCCACGAUCACAGCAAAGGGCUCCAGCUCCAUCACCAGCUCAGAGGUCACCCCCUUGUCCACACUCAGGGAUCUUCAGAGGGCAAUUUCGGCACCGAUGCCAGCUGCUUUCAGGGGACUGCACAUGGGAGUGAUUUGCUACAAACACUACCAAAGCCUGACGACAAGGCUGAUGGCUUUAUGGCAUCACUGAUAUCUGUUGUUAUUCACUCAUCCCCCACCCCCACCUCGCUACAGAACAAGUGGUUUUGUACUGAUGUUUUAUAUAUAAAAGUUAUAUAUUAUAAUGUAAAAAUACACACAGAGUGGCUGAUUCUUUAGUUGGGUGUCUUGCCAGCCACAAUGAUGGGGAGGACAGUGGGAAUGCUGGAACAGACAGGAGCUGGUUUGAAGUGUAACACAUCCCUGUAGCAGCCAGGGCUGCUGGUGGUCUUCCAGGUAGGACUGAACCAGAGGAAAGGAGACAUUCUAUGAUUGCAGCUCCUCACUGAUGGGUACCAUGGACACCAAUAAUCUUCAUGGGUAGAAGUUGGCUUUGGACAACGAGGAUGGGUGGCUCAUGGUUGAAUACAGAGCUGCAGUAACCCACUGCAAACUCUAAAUGAGCAUCACCCUCCUCUAGAGGCAAAAGGUGAAGGCAAGGUGACCUUCAUCAUCACCCAUCUGGCUCAGGUGGAAGGCAAAGGGGGCUUUUAUCAGCCAGCUGGAAAGCCAACCCAAUGUGUCUCUUCCUCAUUUCUCCUGUCCUUGUGUUUGUUUCACUGCUCUGGACUGUCUGAGCUGGAAAACAGCAUUUUGGUGUGAAGACACGUGUUAAAACAAGGUUUCCUAUAACCCCAAAGUGCCACGGGAUGGUUGGACAAGAGAUGGAAGGGAAUGCUGGAGGUUCACAGUCCUGUGCCUGCAAGAGCUUCGCAGUUGUAUUCAAACUUCCAAGUUCUGGGCGAAGUUAUCUGCAUUUUUGAUAAACAGAAAGUCUUUCUGUUUUGCUUCGAAAGCAAAAGGAGAGCCAACAAAAUAGCUGCCAUUCCACGAAUAACAGUGGAAGUCAACAGGAUGUGGGAGUUUCCUCCAUCUAACACUGCUCAUGGCUCCAGGCUGAAGGCCAAGAUCACGUCUCUACCUAAACUGGUUUCAGUUUUCAUCUGUGCAUGAUGUGGGCUCUGGGACAACAAACCAAAGCGUUAUCAUGAAACAGGCAGUGUAAGCCACCCUCUGACUGAUAGAGCCACUGCUAUUGCAAUGGCUGAAAAAUAAAUACAACCCAGGAAGACUUCUCAAUGGGAGAGAAAGAAAACAAAGUAUUAAAGCUUUUUCUUUUUUUCCUACAAAUUUUAUCUCUGUAUUAAAAGUGUUCUCUUUCUGA